ACGCUGGUGGGAGAGGAGUCAGAGGGUUUUUGUGCUUCACAUGAAACUGCCAUUGUUCCCCCGGUGUGUAACCAGCCUGCAGCUCUCUCCACUUUAUUCCUAUGGUCUUCUGUUCCUCUGCCUCUCGGGGCUCCUGGGAAAACGUGCAAUUUCUUCUAAGGAAGACAUUCCCCUACUCUCCUCUGAAGAUGCCUGGAGACUUUUCUGUCUGCGUCUGCCUCAGCCCCCCACCCCAGCCCCAGUUCCACUGCUCCGCCUCUGGCUCCCUCCGCCCUUGCUUGGCUCCCACCUGUCGCCCUCCUGACCCCCGCAAGAAGAAUGUUGUCUUUGCUGAUGCCCUGGGACUGGCUCUCACAUCUGUGCGGCACUUCACUCGUGCGUUCUUUGAUGAAGAACCGCUGGUACUUGCCCUGGCAUCCCUCCGAGCCCUGCGCCCUCUCUCCAGCCCCACUUACACCCUGGACUUCAGCCCACCCACCCAGGACUACAGUCGCUAUAGGGAAAAGCUUGAAGAAAAGAUGGUGUGUUUGGAGCAAUGUGCUGUGCAGGGGGGAGCUGUAGCGGGCACCGUGAGGGUGCGUAACAUUGGCUAUGAAAAGCGUGUCACUUUGCGUGUGAGCUACAAUGGGUGGCGCAAUCACUAUGAUCUACCUUGCACUUACCUGCGUGACCCCCGUGGGGGAGGGGACACUGACUCCUUUUCUUUCCGAAUGCCCCUUCAGGUUGGUACAGUGCGGGCCGAGUUCUGUUUCUGCUACUGGUGUGCAGGGGAGGAGUACUGGGACAACCAUGAUGGAAAGAAUUACGCCUUGCACAAAGAGGGGAAAGGCAAAGGCUACCUGCAGGGGCCCUACUGGUGAACUCCAUGGGCUUGGCUGCAAAGCUUGCAUCUGUUCACACUUCAGUGCUGGCUCGCUUGAGGUCAGGUGCUUAUUUAUCCCAGUCUAAAUGGUUUAUCUGGUACAGCUGCUGCUGCUACUUAAUUGCAGGGUGUUGGCUGCACCAUGGACAUGUGAUUUUUGUGUUUGUAGUCCAGCAUAAAAAAGGAGCCUAUUUGCCAUGGAGUUGCUACCACUUGGGUUGCACUGGAUCAUUUUUUGGAAGAAGUGAGGCGCCUACUGGCCUGCACAGUUGCUACCAUUGUGCCUGAAUUGCACAGGAGUGGGGGGGAAGUAUAUAAUGGGGAGGUAGUGGCUUGUAACUAAUAGACUUUGGCAAGUCAGGAGGAAACUGUUUAAAAAGAAAAAUGUAAUGUUUUCUGGCAGUUGCCAAAUCUGAAGGGACUCUUAGCAUUGCCCAACUGAUGUUCCCUGCAGGCUGCUCUUUCUCGUGUAACUGAUCCUGCCUUUUCCACAGGGCAAGUUCUGCAAUGAUUUUAGGAUGUCUGCUACUCGCCACUUUUAGCUCCACCUUUUACCAUUGAACCAAAUAAAUAUUAUUUUUU